UCCUGAACUGGCCUUGACCUCAGCAGGAGGGUGUCCUAGAGGAGCAGCAGAGGUCUUCUCUCAGCUGCCGAGACGUGCACACCACUGCCAUAGACGCCACAGAGUCCCCCAGAAGUCUCUGGAAGGGUACAUCCAUUGCCUACCUGCAAUGAUCCAGACCCCGGGCCAGGCCUCAGCUUCACCCUGCUGAAUAAAACUCUAUCUCUGGGCUCGAGACACUCACAUCCAGUCUAAAGAUGAGCGAAGAACGAUGGGUUUCUCUCACUCCGGAGGAAUUUGACCAACUCCAAAAGUACUCAGAAUACUCCUCUAAGAAGAUAAAAGAUGUCUUGGCUGAAUUUAAUGAGGGUGGGAGUCUCAAGCAAUAUGAUCCACAUAAGCCAAUCAGCUAUGAUGUCUUCAAGCUGUUCAUGAGGUCAUACCUGGAAGUGGAUCUCCCUCAGCCUCUGAGCACACACCUCUUCCUGGCUUUCAGCCAGAAGCCCAGGCAGGAGAACCUGGACCACUCCAAGGAGGGGGCCAGCAGCAGUGAGCCCAAUGGCCCAGGUUCUAACACACAGCAUGCAGAUAACAGUGCCAAAGCAGCUGAAGCCUGUGCCCCUGAUACUGAAUCAAAGGUGGCUGAGAAACACACGCCGGCUAGAAACCAAAUGGCUGCACCCCGCCUGGGAGGCCCUGCUGCUGAAACGUCCAGCUCAGAAUCCCCUGCGGUAUACCUGAAGGAUGUUGUGUGCUACCUGUCACUGCUGGAGACCGGAAGACCUCAGGAUAAGCUAGAAUUUAUGUUUCGUCUCUAUGAUUCGGAUGAAAACGGACUCCUGGACCAAACGGAAAUGGAUCGCAUUGUCAACCAGAUGCUCCACAUUGCCCAGUACCUUCAGUGGGAUCCCACCGAGCUCAGACCUAUAUUAAAGGAGAUGCUACAAGGGAUGGACUACGACCGGGACGGCUUUGUGUCUCUACAGGAAUGGGUCCACGGAGGGAUGACCACCAUUCCACUGCUGGUCCUUCUGGGGAUGGAUGAGGCCGGCUCCAAGGGAGACGGACUGCACGCCUGGACCCUGAAGCACUUUAAGAAGCCAACCUACUGCAACUUCUGCCACCUCAUGCUGAUGGGAGUUCGGAAGCAAGGCCUGUGCUGCGUCUACUGUAAAUACACUGUCCAUGAGCGCUGUGUGUCCAAAAACAUCCCUGCGUGUGUCAAAACAUGCUCAAAAGCCAAAAGAAGUGGCGAGGUGAUGCAGCACGCGUGGGUAGAAGGGAACUCCUCCGUCAAGUGUGACCGGUGCCACAAAAGUAUCAAGUGCUACCAGAGUGUCACCGCGCGGCACUGCGUGUGGUGCCGGAUGACGUUUCACCGCAAAUGUGAAUUAUCAACACUGUGUGACGGUGGGGAGCUCAGAGACCAUAUCUUGCUGCCCACCUCUAUAUGCCCCAUCACCAGGGACAGGCAAGGCGGGAAGUCCGAUGGCAGCAGCGGGACAGCCAAGGGCGAACUUGUAAUGCAGUAUAAGAUCAUCCCCACCCCGGGUACUCACCCACUGCUGGUCUUGGUGAACCCUAAGAGUGGAGGGAGACAAGGAGAAAGAAUCCUUCGGAAAUUCCACUACCUGCUCAACCCCAAACAAGUUUUCAACCUGGACAGUGGGGGACCUACUCCAGGGCUGAACUUUUUCCGUGAUACCCCAGACUUCCGCGUGCUGGCCUGUGGAGGGGACGGCACAGUCGGCUGGAUUCUGGAUUGCAUCGACAAGGCCAACCUGACAAAGCAUCCACCUGUGGCUGUCCUGCCUCUUGGAACAGGAAAUGACCUGGCGCGGUGUCUCCGCUGGGGUGGAGGUUAUGAAGGGGGCAGCUUGACAAAAAUCCUCAAGGACAUUGAGCAGAGCCCCUUGGUGAUGCUGGACCGCUGGCAUCUGGAAGUCAUCCCCAGAGAGGAGGUGGAGAAUGGAGACCAGGUCCCCUACAGCAUCAUGAACAACUAUUUCUCCAUCGGCGUGGACGCUUCCAUUGCACAUAGAUUCCACAUGAUGCGAGAGAAACACCCUGAAAAAUUCAACAGCAGGAUGAAGAACAAGCUGUGGUACUUUGAAUUUGGCACCUCAGAGACCUUUGCGGCCACCUGCAAGAAGCUCCACGACCACAUAGAGUUGGAGUGUGAUGGAGCUGAGGUAGACCUGAGCAACAUCUUCCUCGAAGGCAUCGCCAUUCUCAACAUUCCCAGCAUGUACGGCGGCACCAAUCUCUGGGGAGAAACCAAGAAGAACAGGGCUGUGAUCCGGGAGAGCAGGAAGAACAUCACUGACCCGAAGGAACUGAAAUUCUGCGUCCAAGACCUCAGUGACCAGCUCCUCGAAGUGGUGGGGCUAGAGGGAGCCAUGGAGAUGGGACAGAUCUACACGGGCCUGAAGAGUGCGGGCAGGAGGCUGGCCCAGUGUUCCUGUGUCACCAUCAGGACUAACAAGCUCCUGCCGAUGCAAGUGGACGGAGAGCCCUGGAUGCAGCCGCCCUGUGCGAUUAAAAUUACUCACAAGAACCAAGCGCCCAUGAUGAUGGGGCCGCCCCAGAAGAGCAGCUUCUUCUCAUUGCGGAGGAAAAGCCGUUCAAGAGACUAGACUGUGUGUCAAAUGCCAGCUAAGCCAAGAGAGAGAAUGAGAAACUGUACCUACACUCACAUACACACACACACACACACACACACACACACACACAGCAAUUUCCCUUCUGGAAGAAAACUUCACCUUGCCAUACAAUCUAUUUCAACAAUGGAAACACCCCUAACAGAACCAGUUCCACGGGACAUUUCACAUAUACUUAGGGCUGCAACAAGCCCACAGCCCCACAGACCCCGAGCAGGACUUGCAGAGUGUGAAGGAGAGCUCGUUCUGUCUGUGCAACAGCCCGCAUGUCUCCUGCCCACGCCAACAAGGAGCCGGCUGCAGGACUCCUGCCCACGGUGAGCUCUCAGAUGUGGUCAGGGCCAAGAGCGCGGCACCAGAGAAUCUGCACAAAGGUCCCUCUGUACAGAGACAGCGGCCUCCAGCCCUCCGCGCAGGAUCCUUGGCGAGGCUCAGCAGCCUACGACGGUUUCUCGGUUGUCCUGUGAACGACAACCUCUCCUCAACUUGCUGAGGCUGCAGAAAGGCCAGCUGCCUCAGGCUGCAUUUCCAU